AUGAUGGGGUGCCUCUUCGGCUGCUUCCGCGCGUCAGGCGGCGAUGGCGAGGCGAAGGGCGCCGGCGGCCAGCUCGCGCAUCCGUCCCUGGCUCCCGCGACGACGACGACGACGAGCCACCAGGAUGGCGCGGGCAGGAGGACCAGGCCGCCGUCGAGGAACGCGCUCUCCGCCGUGUUCCAGCGAGAAGAUGAGGGAUCAAGGGAGACGCAGACGCCGAGCUCGUGGGCGGAGCAGAGUGGUGAGAGGAAGGGGAUGGAUCAGGAGCUUGAGCCCCAGCAUACACCACAUGGUCUUGGGUGCUGCAGACUGAUUUAUCUCCAUGAUAACAGGCCAAUAUCCAAAAAAGGCUGUGGUGCAUUGCUGCAAACUACAAAUGACAUCCAAAGAGCAGUCAAAGAUGCAGAUUCAGUUCAUCAGAAGGAAACACAUUCAGGAUGUCUUCCUGUUAUGUCUGAUGAUCUACAUAUCAUGGAAGCGACGAAGGUUGAGAACUGUAAAACUCCUUCAAGGUCUCAUCAGAGCUCCACUGUACCAGAUGCAAUGAGUUCUUCAAAAACAAAUGAUGAGUUGCAGACUUCCGCUACUUCCCUUGCAAAUAAUGUGGAAGAGUCGACAAAUGAGAACAAUACUGAGGCUUGUGUGCAGGGUGAAAAACAACAACAAGCUCUGGAUCUUGCUGAGAAUUUUGAAGAAUGUGGGGUUUCAAAAGAAGAUUUCAUUCACCCUGAAAAAUUAGAGGAUCCAAAGUGUGCAAAGAGUGACCAUGUGGUCUCUAUGGAAAUUUCAAUGUCUGAUGAAUGUUCUCUUUUCCAGAGCUCCGAGGGUUAUGUAUCAUCUUCUAAUAAGAUAAUUGAGAGCGUGAAUACAACAUCUAUGGAGAAGUCCCCAAAAACUGAGGCAACUAUUCAUGCCACCAGAAAGAAGCUAUUGAAGAGCAACACUUCAGAAGUGGAGCUGCCAAGCUUAGCCCAAUGGUUGAAGCCUCCAAAUCGUAAGAAAGCAUUCAGAGAUGAGGUUGUGACAGGAGAUGGAUCUCAUUCAGCUAAGAGUUCAGAUGAUGAUAGGCCUAUUAUUGGAAUGGUUGCAGCACACUGGAAAGAUAAAGAUCCAGAAAAUUUUACCUCUAAAUGGUGGGAUGGAAAUGGCAUUCCCAAUUCAACAAACAAGUAUAAAGAAGAUCAGAAGGUGAGUUGGCAUGUAACAUCAUUUGAGGAGAGGCUUGAGACGGCUUUAUCUGAAGAGAAGUUGCUCUCUGAAAGGAACUGUUCAAGUGGAAAGACAUCUCAGUUUUUGGGAGUGGAAGGCGAGGAGACUGAUACGGCUGAAUCUAAUCGUCUAUAUGCUACUGCUUAUGCAUGA